AUGAAGUUCUUUGGCAUUACCUCUCUGCUUGUUGCGGCAGCAGCAGCGGCUCCCACCGAGAUACUUGAGUCCCGUCAAACUGGAAGCACCAUCAAUGAGCUUGAAAGUGGAGCUUGCAGACCUUUGAUCCUCAUCUUCGCCCGUGGCUCAACCCAGCCGGGUAACAUUGGAGACAAUGUUGGCCCAGCGACAUGCAAUCAACUCAAGUCGGCUUAUGGCAGCACCAGAGUUGCUUGCCAAGGUGUAGGAGGCCCAUACGGUGCAUCCCUCAUUGGCAACUUGUCGCCAGAGGGAACUCCAAUGGACGGCAUCAACGAGGGCAUUCGUCUCUUCAACCUCGCAAGGUCCAAGUGUCCAAGUUCAAAAGUCGUUGCCGGCGGUUACAGUCAAGGAGCUGCUCUCAUCACUGGCUCCGUUCGCCGUCUCCCUGCCGCCAGCCAGACCAACCUUGCAGGUGUCAUCUUUUACGGAAAUACUCGGCAAGAUGAAGAGAAUGGCAAGAUUCCAAACUACCCGAACGAUCGUGUCUUGUCCAUCUGUGCGGCUAAUGACGGCGUUUGUGACGGCGGUUUGGACGUCACCCCUGGACACUUGGGCUACCUGGACGAUGUACCGACGGCCGUCAACUUUCUUCGUGGUAGAKUCACUGCGCUUGGUGGUAUCUGA